UGUCGAGACGCCCGAGGCGCCUUGAAUUCCAAGCUGAACCGCUUCCGGCGCUGGUGCCGGGGUGUCGGGCUUUUGCAUCGCCAAGGAGGGCCUCUGCCGCAUCUCGUCAGCGCCAGCGAAAUGUGCUUCGUCUCGCGCUGCUUCAGCGACCAGGCUGUCAACGAUCUCUCCUGGCUUGUUUCGCGGGCCGAGCAAGGAGAUGUCGUCGUGUCGUUUUUCCUGGCCCUUGUUCUUCUGAAUGGGCUCUUGAAUGGGCUUCCGGAGCCGGAGCAGCACGGAAGCAUGCCCGAGGGCCAACCGACCCAGUCCACAGGAUGGGAACAAGUCAUCUAUUAUCUGGAGAAGGCUACGGAUGCUGGCCAUUCCCGGGCGCAGUACUACCUGGCCCAAUGCCUCUACUACGGCUAUGGAAUUUCCACACCAAGGCCGUCCAGCUGUACCAUGGAAUUGCGAACCAAGGAUUCGCACCCGCCCAGAUCGCCCUCGGCCGCUGCCAUGAAGACGGAUAUGGGGUCGACCAAGAUUACGACAAGGCCGUCGGAUGGUAUGCCGAGGCUGCCGCUCAAGGUGACGAGGGUGCCCGGACCGCGAUUGCGUUUCUGAGAGCCUGGUUCGCUCUGGCGGGCUGGGGUGUUCCGCAAAGCGACGUCGAUGCUGUUAGCCUUUGGCAGCAAGUCCGGGACAGGUCCGCCGGUACUACCCACAGGUCUAUCGCCUUGCACAUGCUCGGCUGGAUGCACUACCUCGGCCGGGGCACAAAGAAGGACUGGCGCAAGGGAGCCCGGCUGAUGCAGGAGGGUACCUCGGACGAAUUCCCCCUGGAUCCGGACGUCGUUUUGGCUGCAAAGAGAUCCUCGUUUGGCUCCGACACCCUGGCAGCCCGCAAGUUCUUGAAGCUGUGUGAAUAUGGCUCGGAGCGCGACUGGUUAUGCAAGCAUCUCGUCGCAGUCUGCAUGAUCAACGGGUUUGGAAGGAGCAGAAACGAAGCGACGGCGUUUGGGAUUUUCGAAGAGCUCGCCAACCAAGGGCACAGUGACAGCCAGUUCUGGACGGGAAAGUGCUACUUUGAUGGCCUUGGAGUAUCGGUCGACAAGGCGAAGGCGUUCGAGUGGUCCAGCAAGGCAGCAGGGCAGGGCAACUCAUACGGGCAGCGAUGGAUCGGAUAUUGCUAUGAGUGGGGAGCAGGUGUCUCCCAUAACCGCACCAAGGCAAUUGAGUGGUACCGCAGAUCCGCCGACCAGAGCAAUAGAGACGGGCAGGAUUGCAUCAGAAUCUGCAACUACCAGGACUUCUAGACAGCGACCCUGUCGAUUCGGGCAUCUGCCAACACAAUGCGUUACGAACAGCGGCAGUGCAUCUCCCCGGGGAAGAGGAGCUAGCCACCUUCGCUGCACAAUCAAAGUCAGAGCCAGCAACAUUA